GUGGUGCCAUCUCUUUCCCAAGUUCUUAUCGUAUAUUAUCGUACGUACGAGGAAAGUUGUGAUAAACAUUUAUCCUAAGAAAUUAUUAACUAAAUACAAUGAACACUUUACGAUUGGCCUGCCAACGAAAUCUGUAUCAACUUCGUCAGUUUCACAAAUGUAUUGUUCAACAACAAGAAGCAGCAGCUACUGCUGCAACUGCAACUAUUAAGCCCUCGGUCUCUGAAACUGUUUCUACAAAGGAAGAAGCAGUGGCCAGUUCGAAAAUAGAACAGAUCGCUGAUCAAAUCGUUUCCUUAAAUCUUAUCGAGGUAGCACAAUUAAGUGAUCUAUUGAAAAAGAGAUUAAAUUUGCCAGAUGCACCUGUAAUGCCAAUGGGUGGUUUCGCUGCUGCACCACCAAAGGAAGAAGAAGAGGAAGUACAAACAGUAGUACAAACGGCGUUCACUGUUAAGUUAACAGGAUUUGAUGAAAAAAAGAAAGUUGCCUUAAUAAAAGAAUUGAAGACUAUACUGCCUAACUGUAAUCUCGUACAGGCUAAGAAGUUCGUCGAAAGUGCACCAGCUGUAAUAAAGUCUGAGCUUACAAAAGAAGAAGCUGAUCAAUUAGUGGACGUUAUCAAGAACGUUGGUGGCGAAGUUGAAGUUGUAUAAUGUUAUGUAAAUAUAUCAUAUUGAAAAAUUUAUGCUAUAGACCUUAACAAUAUGUAAUAAACUUAAUUAUCACAA